GGCACUAAUUAUCACACAGACUAAUGAGCUGACAGUGCCUUGAUCUUGCAUUUUGUGCGCAAAGCCGUAAUCAAUCUCACAACCUGCUUAGACGAUGCAUAGGUAUCGUAAGGCAGCUGGUGGUUAGCCGUGGUAAUUCCGGCACCACUCUCACGUCACUGAGGCAGCUGCUAAAUGACGUCUCGUGCUAGGCACAUUUGCGAGGCACAAAUCAUCCUAAGCUCUGCCUUGUACGUACACGCAUAUUCACGGGCUUGACCAAAUUCAAGACUCCAAGAUUCGUCACUUCUCUCGCUGAGGUUCGUAUUUUUUCGGAAUUGAAGAGAAGGUCGCCGAAACCGCCUUGGGAUACCCGCAUCAACCAGCUACCACCGUGUAGCCUCACUGCCCCUCACUCACCUCAACCCCACCAUCAACAUCAACCAACAGCCACCAACAUCCUCACCGCCAAGAUGCCUUCCGAUCUCGACACCCUGCUCGACAUGGGCUUUGACAAGGAGCGUGUCGAGCUCGCCGUUAAGAACACCGGAGGCUUGCAGGGCGCGCUCCAGUGGCUCGAGGACAACCAGGACAAAUCUAUCGACGACAUCAAGGCCGCCGCUGCUACAGCGGCUGCGGACAAGGAUGAAGAUGAAGACGAAGAUGAAACCAAGGCAAAGAUUGCGGAGCUCGAGUCGGGCACGGCUCACUCGCUCGUCUGCAAUGACUGUGGCAAGCGUUUCCGCAACCAAGAUCUUGCCAGCUACCACGCCUCCAAAACCGACCACACUGACUUCUCUGAGUCGACCGAGGAGAUUGCUCCUUUGACCGCAGAUGAAAAGAAGGCCAAGCUCGAUGAGCUCCGUGACCGCCUACAGGCCAAGAGGGCUCGCCAGUCCGAACAGGAUAAGGAGGAACAAAAACGAAACGAGAGAAUCCGCCAAAAGUCCACCAAGGAGACCCAUGAGGCCAAGGAGGAACUUGCUCGCAAGGAACAGAUCAAAGAGGCCGCUCGCAAGCGCCAGGAGAAGCUCGACGACGUCGAAGCCAAGAAGCGCAUCAAGGCCAAGAUCGAAGCCGACAAAGCCGAGCGCCGCCGCAAGGCCGAGGAGGCCAAGGCUGCCCGCGAAGGUAGAGCCCCCGAAGCUGCAAGUGCUGCUGCUCCCGCGGCUGCGGCUCCCCGGCCCAAGGCCAACCACAACGAGGCCAGACUCCGCCUUCAGACCGAUUCUGGUAACAUCAUGAAGACGCUCCCCGCUGAGACGACUCUGUUUGAGCUCGCACAGCUGCUGCAGGCCGAGACGGGCAAUGCAGUUGCUAGCUUCACGACUACGUUCCCUCGACAGACCUUUGAGGGAAGCGUGGAUUUCUCCAAGACCUUGAAGGAAGCUGGACUGGUCCCGUCAUCGGUCUUGAUUGUGAAGUAGACAUUGAAAGCAAGCGAGUGUGCGAAAUAUGCAUGGCAUGGCGUUUGCAAAUGUAUAGUACGGUUGCGUUGGGGGUGAAGUAGCAAGUAGUAGCAACGGGUGAUGUGUGGCAUUGGGGCAUCGGCUUUUACGAGAUCAAAAGGGCAAUGGUCGGGAGUAACCAUCGCACAAAUCGGACAUGACAACAAAUACAAUACCGAGCAUUCACGCACCACUGUCACUUGCUGAGCGGACCCAAUGUUGAACUGCAAACCACCCAUGGCGGGACUUUUUUUUAUCAGAGCCGUUUAACUGAAAUUCUCCCUCCGCGAACUCCAAUGAGA